AUGGCCACCCUCUGGUUCUGCUGUGGCUGCCAAUUCGGCCCUCACAACGCCGCCCUCUACGACUCCUGCAUCAAUUGCGGUGACCGACGCUGCGCCGCCUGCGUUGAAGAAAAGGUGGUUGGCAGCGACGCCCUGCGCGCCCACUCCCACGACCACGGCCACUGCCACGCGACCUCGCCGUACCCCUCGGCCGUCGCCCUCGACACUUCGCACACACUCCCCUUGGACACAAGGAGCAUGUCUGUCGCCCUCCCAGAACUACCCGGCGUGCGCCCACUAUCGCGAUUGCGCCCAACGCCCCAGACCACGCUUUUCGGCGGCGUCACGCAGACAUACAGCCAGACAUACAUGUACAUCUGCUGCCAAUGUCACGACGGACCCAAGGUCUACAACGUCCAGCCACAAUGUGUCAACUGCAACCACAUGGCCUGCUCCGUCUGCACAUAUGUGAAGUGA